GCCGUUUAAACCCUAACAAUUAGCUCUCAUAUCUCUGUAUGUCCUUCCAAACCUAAAAAUCCAGCUCUCUUCUCUUUCCUUGCUGCUCUCAUCAACAACAACCAUCGCCACCAACAUUAGCUCUCGUAGCUCUCGUACAACGGCUCUCUCAUCUUCGUGUACAUCUUAUCUCUACUGACAUCUCGCGGAUUCCAGAUCUAGAACCAUCAUCGGUGCCGUAAAACAAAUUUGUUUCAGAGGCGAUUGAAUCUGUUUGAUUGGAGCUAGAAAUCGAGUGAAUAUGUUUCGAUUAGAGUCUGCUUCGAUUGAAUGUGUUUCGAUUGAACAUCGAAAUCUUCUGAUAAGGCACUGAAACGAAUUUGAUUUUGAUUUUCAAUCGAUUGGAUCAACAAUUACUGAAAAUUUGAAUGUGUUGAGAUGUUUGCUCUUUGCGUUUGCUCAUUUGCAUGAUUUCUUCAGUAAAUUCAUUGAUUGGUGGAAAGCGAGUACACUUCAGAAGGGGUUGAGGUUUUUAAAAUUAGAUGCCCAUGUGGCAAAUGCCAAAAUCUCCGUUUCAAGAGCAGAGCAGAGAUGAGGUUGAGGGCCACUUAUAUGACAAAGGGUUCAUGGAUGAUUAUAAGGUAUGGUAUGCACAUGGCGAGUCAUUUUGUACACAAGACGUGGGUCGAUGUUCAAACCACAUACCGUCUCAACAAAUGGGUCAAGACAAUGAUGAAGAUCUUGGUGAAUAUGCCGAAUACAAUGAAAUGGUUAUGGAAAGCAUGCACCAAGAUCCAAGUCAAACAGCCACGGCAUAUUAUACCAUGUUAAGUAAAGCCAAUGAGCCUUUGUGGCCUGGUUCUGAAAAAGCUAGCACACUCUCUACUGUUACUAGGUUAUUGAAUUGGAAAUCAGACUGUAAUGUCUCUGACUCAACAUUUGAUAAACUACUUAUCAUUGUUAAAGAUAUUCUACCCAAUGGUGAAAAGCUACCUAGAAACUUUUACGAGACCAAGAAGAUGUUGAAGCCACUAGAGUUGCCGUCACAAAGGAUUCAUGUAUGCGAAAACCAUUGCAUUCAGUGGUAGUAGUCAUGGGGCAUUUGGUGGUAGUAGUAGUCGUGGGGAUUCGGGGGAUCCCAUGGCUGAUUUGCACGGGGCAUUGCGUGAGCAGCGGUCACGUACCGAUCGUGGGGCAUUUGGUAGUAGUAGUAGUAGUCGUGGGGGUUCGAGGGAUCCCAUGGCUGAUUUGCACGGGGCAUUGCGUGAGCAGCUGUCACGUACCGAUCGUGGGGCAUUUGGUGGUAGUAGUAGUCAUGGGGGUUCGGGGGAUCCCAUGGCUGAUUUGCACGGGGCAUUGCGUGAGCAGCGGUCACAUACCGAUCGUGGGGCGUUUGGUGCAUGGUAGUAGUAGUCGUGGGGGUUCCGGGGAUCCAAUGGCUGAUAUGCACGGGGCAUUGCGUGAGCAGCGGUCACGUAUGAUUUCUAGUUACGCAUCUGACCAUUACAGUGGGGAUGCCAAUUCUGUGGAUGGCGAUCAUGAGGAUGACGUAAACCAUCCUUCUCAGCACAACUCGUAUGUCAGAGAUGCACCUCGUAAUACCUCACGAGGGAGAUUGAUCGAGCGUCGUCCAUCGGGAGAAGGGUUUGUGAACGUGCAUGGUGAUAUUCAUAAGAGUAUCUCUCGUAUACUACGUGAGCAUCGUGAUGGAGCUUGGCUCACGUUCAAACAGGUUCCGCGGGAAGAAGUGGCUCGUAUGUAUGACCGAUUUAGGACCCGUUGGACAUGGGAUCCAACAAACGAAGAAGCAUUAUACGAAGGCUUUCUUAAUGUGCUAAAGAGACUUUUUAAAGACAUUACAAUGCAAUUGAGAAUAAAAGCUACAAAGCUUGCUUAUGAAGCUGGAGAAAAAAUUAACCCAAGUGUUCCUAAUCAGUUUCGCAUUAUUUGCAAAUACCCGCCCGAAUCAAUACCUAUUAACAUAUGGCGUGACAUGUGUUCGUCUUGGAACACAAAAGAAUGGCUUGAUAAGUCGAAGACCGAGUCAUCAAACCGGAAAAGCGGCGAUAUCAAUUGCGGUCGCGCAUCAUCUCGACACACAGGUGGAUCAAUGGGCUUUGAUGAGCGUCGUGACAAUUGGAAAAGGACAUAUGAUCGGGAACCUAGUUGGAAAGAAAUCUUCCUACAAACCCACCUCACCAAAAAGUGCAAAGAAGUGUUAAGGAAACGGGAUAUUAGCAUAUAUGACAUGAAGAAUUUGGAGUUUUGUACAGACGAAUCCAGAGAAGCAUAUGGUGGCUACUUGGAGGCGAUGCAUGAUCUUCAUGGGUCUGACUUCACUGAGGUUCCUGAUGACCCUGGGGUGUGGGCUCGUGUGCAGGCAGGAGGCCGUAGGAUUCGGGUAUAUGGGGUAGGAUCUUUGGAUUUGCAUUACAUGGUGACCGGGACGUCAUCCUCUUCUAGCGGGUGUGCAUCAUCAUCUAUUGAUUACCAACGGUCCCAAGAAGAGGCUCAAGCUAUGCGAACAGAAUUGGAAGACAUUCAAGCUCGUCUUGAAAAUGAGACGAAGGCGAGAGAAGAUCUUAUGGCUCGUUUUGAAAUUGAGAGAAAAGCGAGAGAAGAUCUUCAACAACACAUUAAUGAAGCGGUGAAAAGAGAGCUACAAGACUUCAUGAAGAAUUGGCGUUCUAGUAAUUAGUUAUAAGUUGGUAUCGUUUUAAACACAUAUGCUAAGUUGGUAUCGUUUUAAACACAUAUGCUAAGUUGGUUGCGUUAUGGAUGUUACAAGUUGGUUAGCUUUAUUGUGGUUUUAAAACAGGUUUUAUAAUUUUCUAGUGA